GACAAGGCCGCCAACAAAGUUGUCUCCGUCGAGUUCGAUACGGUCUACGACGGCGAGCUCGGAGACAUCGACAAAAACCACGUGGGGGUUGACAUUAAUGAUAUAAGAUCGGUUACUGCUAAAUCGGCGAGCUAUUUCGACGAAAAACGGGGCGAGUUUACGAACUUAUCUCUUAUGAGUGGUAAACCGAUGAAAGUAUGGGUCGAAUAUGACGCUGUUAAGAAGCAGAUGAACGUGACUUUAGCUCCGGCCGAAGCUGUUAAACCCCAGAAACCGCUUUUGUCUUUGACCAAAGAUCUUUCAUCGAUCAUAAAUGACACCAUGUAUAUAGGUUUUUCUUCCGCAACAGGCACUAUAUUUAGUAGUCAUUAUGUUCUGGGUUGGAGCUUUAAGAUUAAUGGGGUAGCUCAAGAGCUCGACUUCUCCAAACUUCCACAGCUUCCUCGGGUUGGACCUGAACCAAUAUCCAAGCUUUUGGCAAUUGGGUUACCUGUGAUUUGUUCGAGCUUGGCAGCUCUAGUGAUCUUUAGUUUAGUUUAUUUCAUCAGAAGAAAAAGAAAAUUUGCAGAGCUACUUGAAGAUUGGGAACUCGAAUAUGGAUCCCAUAGGUAUAAAUACAAAGAAUUGUAUAUGGCGACGGAGGGUUUCAAGGACAAGGAUUUAUUGGGUAGGGGAGGAUUUGGUAUAGUGUAUAAAGGAGUAUUACCCUCUAAAACAGAGAUUGCUGUGAAAAGAGUCGCUCACGAAUCAAAACAGGGUAUGAGAGAAUUUGUUGCUGAAAUCGCCAGUCUCGGCCGGCUCCGGAACCGGAAUAUUGUACCCCUUUUGGGCUAUUGUCGCAGGAAAGGUGAGCUUCUUUUAGUCUACGAGUACAUGCCCAAUGGCAGCCUAGAAAAAUACCUAUACGACAAACCAAAAACAACACUAAAUUGGAACCAAAGAUUUAGGGUCAUAAAGGGAGUUGCCUCUGGUCUAUGCUACCUCCACCAUCAAUGGGAACAAGUCGUCAUCCACCGUGACGUGAAGGCCAGUAACGUACUACUUGACGGCGAGUUAAACGGACGGUUAGGAGACUUUGGUUUAGCUAGAUUGUACGACCACGAAAGCGAUCCACAAACAACCCAAAUCGCUGGCACAAUCGGCUACCUCGCCCCUGAGCAUGCCCGAACCGGAAAGGCCACAACAAGUUCCGACGUCUUCUCAUUCGGAGCUGUCUUGCUCGAAGUGGCAUGCGGACGACGACCCAUUGAGCGGAGAGGAACGAAGACGGAGGAGAUGAUUUUGGUGGACUGGGUUUUCUCUUGUUGGAGCAGAGGUAGGAUUAUCGAGGCCAUGGAUUCGAAUCUGAUAGAAUCAGAUUCUAGCGUAUUAGGGGAGGAAGUGGAGUUGGUAUUGAAACUGGGGCUGUUGUGUUCACAUUCGGAACCGGAGGUCAGACCGAGCAUGAAGCAAGUGGUGUCUUUUUUGGAGAGACAUGUGCCUUUACCGGACUUAUCGACGCUCGGGGUGACGGCUGCGGGGUUGACCUUCGCGCAUAGAGAAGGGUCUGGUGAUUUUACGGCGUCGUAUCAGUCGUCUGCUACGGGUCUCACUCAGGCUUUGUCUUCUUCUGAGGCCGAAUCACUCCUCUUUUGUGGGCGAUGACUCUUCGGAUUCUACUAAUGGCGGUUCUUCUUCUCAAGCUGCUACGUUGGAAUAUGGUAUGCAGCAAAGCGAUCAGAAUCGUAUGGCACUGUAGUCUGCAGCCGUACGUGAACCAGUUUUCAGCCAUGGACACCAUCUAGCCAGUUUUCACCACCUCUGGAGUCUCUCUGCUCAUAAAUUUUCCAAAAAUAAAGGACUAAAAACAGAGAUAAUGAGAGCUUGUCUCUGCCAAUGGACAACCAAAAGAAAAGACGAGACUUCUAACUUCAUUUUUUAUGUUACAAAUGAAUCUUCUUUUAUAAUAUUAUUUUUCUUUUUCCAAAGACAUAAAUAUAUAUAAUGGAAAUAUUUAUUUAUAUAGUUUUAUAUUUAGCUUAAAUCCAGAACGUGGGUACGUGGAGAGGAACUUGGUCAUAAACAUGGCCAGAUAAAGAGAAAUGGCAAAA